CAACGUUCUUUCUUGAUCUUAAAUUAAAUCAAAUUCUCACUAAUGGUGACCCAAAGAUUAGUAAAUGUAAGGGAAUUUAAAGACUAUAAAAGAGCCUAACAGGAGACCCUAUACCUCUACUUGGGAGUAACCCACAUGGCCGUUAGCUCGGUCUUGAUGAGGGAUGAUGGGGUCCAGAGGCCCAUCUAUUACGUGAGCAAAGCUUUGAAUGGAGCGGAAAGUAGGUACACUCCUACAGAGAAGGCAGGGUAUGCACUUUUCAUAACAGCAAAGAAACUCACCUCCUACUUCCAGGCCCACCCUAUCGCCGUGUUGACUGACCUACCAUUGGGCACGGUCAUGAGGGACUCCACCUCAUCAGGAAGAAUGAUCAAAUGGGCCAUGAUGUUGACUCAGUUCAACAUCGAAUACUGCCCGAGGACGGCGAUAAAGGGCCAGGCUGUGGCUGACUUUCUUGUGGAGAUGACGGGUCACCAUGAAGAAGAACCAGCGAGGGCGAUCACAGAGUCUUGCUGGUCCAUGUUGGUAGAUGUAGCCUCUGGACUGAAAGGUUACGGUGACGGUGUAGUAUUUACAACUCUGGAAGGGUUCAAGGUAUAUCAUGCCUUGAUUUUUAGCUUCAAACUCACAAACAAUGAGGCGGAGUAUGAGGCAGUGAUAGGGGGCCUGAGAUUGGCCAAGACCCUACAAAUCACAUGCCUUAGGAUCAAGUCCGAUUUAGGUUUGGUGGUCGGCCACAUCAAUGGCAACAUGGAGGCCAAAGGAGAGAAGAUGCAGAGAUACAAGCACUUGGAAAGGGCACUAUUGAAGGACCUGACUGAGUAUGUGAUAGAGCAAAUUCUGAGGGGGGAGAAUACCGAUGCUGACUUACUAUCGAAGUGUACGCAAGCAGCCCCGGAGCAUGUGUCAAAGCUGGCCAGGAUUGAGACGCUGGAAAAAGCCAGCAUUGAAAGGUUACCUGUUAGCCUGAUUGAGGAGGAUGGACAACCCAAUCCAGAGCAAGCGGUACAAUAUGAGUUUUGGAUGGAUGACUUGGUCAGGGUAGAGGCGGAAAGAGUGAUCGCCGAAGUUCACGAGGGUGUUUGUGCAGCCCACCAAAUGUCCAGGAUACUCGCACAAAGGAUCAUCUUGCUGGGUUAUUUCUGGCCUACAAUGAACCAAGAUUGUGAGAAGUAUGUGCAAAGGUGCAAGACUUGCCAGGUGUUCUACAAGUUUCUGGGAAGGCCUGCAACAUACCACCAUCAAGCUUCCAAUGUUAUUCCGUUCGCAAGGUUUGGGAUGGACAUCAUUGGAGCCUUCCCUCAAGCUCAAGGGAGGAAGAAGUAUGUAAUGGUUGCAAUCGACUACUUCACAAAGUGGGUAGAGGCCGAGGCAUAUGCAACCAUUACGACCAAGCAAUGCCUGCGCUUCAUUUGGAAGAACAUCAUCACCAGGUUUGGGUCUCCGCGGAACAUCGUGACAGAUAACAGGCCUCAAUUUCGGAAUCCAAGGUUCACCAAAUACUUGGAGGACUUUGGGAUUACUCACAACAAGGCUUCCGUGGCCUACCCGCAAGGGAAUGGUCAGGUGGAAAAUGCGAACUGCACGAUAGUUGAUGGCAUCAAAAAGCGGUUGGGUGAGGAAGGAACAAAUUGGUUAGAGGAGUUGCCGCAUAUGAUAUGAGCAUACGGGGUCACUUCGAGAAGGGCUACAUGGGAGACACCUUUCAUCCUUACAUACGGGUGUGAGGCUAUACUGCCAAUCGAAGCCAAAAUAAUGACCUUCCGGGUAAAGAUCUGCGAAGAGAAAAAGGGAAUGAGGAGGACCAUUUGGCAGAGUUGAACCUACUAGAAGAAGGCGGAUGGUCGCUAAGGCUAAAAUGAUAGAGUACCAGCAAGGAGCCAAGGCCUACCAUGAUAAUAGAGUAGGGCCUCGGUA